CGAUGCCGGGAGCCAACUACCAACGGAGGGCGGAGGGGACCCCUUCCCUCCACGGGCACGGCCACCGCAUCUCCUCCCGCUUCCUAUUCCUCUGCGCUUCGGCCGCUCACCGCCCCCCGCCUCUCGCCUGGCUGCCGAGGUUUCACCUGAUAAUGCAGAAGGAGCUGUCUUAAUCAUAGAACAUAACAAUGGGGAUAUCCAAGGUGACUGGCAUCGCUGCAACAGCUUUUCUUGUCACAUCUGUUAGCUUGUGGGAGCUGGGCAUGAGAAUUGCUACGCUUCCUUUCCUAUUCACCGGCAUUGUUGCUUGCAUCGUCACUUUUGCAUCUCAUGAUGCUGUCAACCUACCUUGGAUCUUGGGGAAGAACUCAGUGGGAAGAUUUCCUUGUUGGUCAAUUAUACUGUUUGGUCCCUUCUUGAUGCUUGCUCGGACAUAUGCGAUGGUUAAGAGAUUCAUGAGGAAGGAGUCUGUGCAUGACAAGAUCGUGGAAGGGCUGUAUCUGGGAGGAUGGCCAUUUCUGCUGAAGCAUCUGCCCCCUGGAAACCCCUCUGUCAUAGAUUGCACUUGUGAGCUGCCAAGAAGUUCCUUUGUCCCGAAAGAUGAGUAUCUUUGUCUUGCAACUUGGGAUACAAGAGCUCCAACGCCAUCCCAAAUCGAACUCGCUGCACGCUGGGCUUGUGAAAAGAGAUCCAAGGGGAAACCUGUUUAUGUCCAUUGUGCAUUUGGUCAUGGAAGAAGUGCUUGUGUCGUGUGUGCAAUUCUAGUAGCACUGGGUGUCGCUGAAACUUGGAAAGAUGCUGAGAAUAUCAUACGUGAAAGAAGAAAGAUAAAAAUGAAUGCUCUUCACCGGAAAACCUUGGAAGAGUGGUCCAAGCAUCGAGUUGCUCAGAAAAAGGGAAAUUAGUUGCAUGACCAGAAAUAAAGAUGUCCUGGAUGUAUCGCUGUGACAUUUUUUAUUCCAAUAAGUCCUACCAAGUGGUUAAUUGCUCGUCUACAAAGUUGAGUGUACUAUAUACAACACUGACCUGACGAUCAAGAUUGAAGUAUAGAUGAGGUAUAGAUGAAAAUAUUCUUAACCUGUAUCACAAAGCCUUCAAGGUUGGACAGCUUGCCAAGGGCAAGGGCCAUUUGACCCAUGAAGUUCAUGUUGGCGUCAUCAAUCAAAGAUCCACCGGCCAUCGUGUCAGCUAGUGACUGAUGCAGCUGCUCCAGGCCCUGGGAGAGAGCUUCCUCUGCCUGCUGUGAUGACUGUUGAAGGUUGCAGAUGCCUACCACUUGCUGUUCAGUCAGGGGAUCUAGCUGGGGCAGCAGUGUCUGCAGCAACAUGAAAAAGUUUUUUAACGAAAUUAAGAAAACCAUAUGAGCUUGUAUUUAACUUGAGUUAAUUUUACUCUACUGAACUGAUUGAUGUACUUCUUUUCCUGUAAUAUCUAACUGUCAAGUGAUCUGUGCCAGGUGCGUUCUGUAACAAAAUCAACCUUAUUUCGGAUUACCAACAUAGGAGAA